UCACGUCUGGUCACUCCGAGUGCCACCUGCCACCGCAAGAAGCCAGCAGCCGCCGCCGCUGUCAUCCUGUUCGCCCGUCGUAGUCCAUCCAGCCAGACACCUGAGAUGGCCUUCACCUCCGUCGCUGUGAUAGCACUGAUGUGCUCCUCCGUGAUGAUGGCAAUUGUCUCGCGGCCCGAGCAAGAAGAUCCGCUGCCGCAAGACUUCACCAGGUGCCAUGGUGAGACCCUGCAGUCCAUCCGAAAGGAGCUCUUGACUGCCCUCAACCUGGAGACCGAACCACUGUUGCCCAUGGGCAGAAGGAAGCAGUGGAACCCAACUGCUGAGCGACUCAAGAGGGUUGUGGCAGCAAUGGCAGUCUCUCCCGGCUCCUUUCCUGAUGAUGGCCACGAUGCCUCAGCAUGCUGUGGCGAGACCUUAGAGGUUUCCAUGACAGAUCUCGGCUGGGACAAUUGGAUGAUCUAUCCUGAGCAGGUCACCUGGAUGCACUGCGCCCCCUGCGGCCACAGCGCGUCGUGCAGGCCCCAGCCCCAACGUGAUGACUUGCAGGUCCAGGCGCCAUCUUGCCAGCCCACCACCCAGAAAAAAGUGCCUGUCGUCUACAUGGAUGAGUGGAACACCAUUGUCAUCACCUCCAUGGCCCUGACCAGCCGCUGUGGCUGCUUGGGCACCAUUCAGCCUCCCCAGGAGUAACAAUGGUCACCUGUCGUGCAGCACACUUCCUACACUCAAAAUGCUCAAAUAACUUCAGUAUAUUGCCAUAAAUUUGCAUUGUAAAAAAAAAAAAAAAAAGUCCUUUGCCAAGAAAUUGAUAAGCAAUAAAAUAGAUUACAACA